GACCCUUUCAUUUAAGAGCGGUUUUAAGUUGUCGCCCUUGGAUGACGUCAUUGGGGGAUAAAGGCAGAUUUGUCGAUGCGCACAGGAAUUUACUUUUUAUCGUUGAUGUAACGGCAAAACAAGAUAUGGACACAACGAUGUCUGAUCACAACUAUUGUGUGCCAAAUAAUGUUGAUACACAGGUGGAAUACUUUAUUGCAACUCGACUUGAAAUUCCUCUUGAAAAGCCAGAUGGUACUGCCGUUGACUUUCCCACAGACUUCAGACAGUCAAAGUCCAAUAAAAUCUGUUGUGUACCGGAAUGCCACACUACUGGUUAUGAUGAAAUUCCUGGUCAUGGAAAACCUAGUUACCAUAGUUUUCCUGCAGCCACCAAUCCACUGCGAUCUGUUUGGCUAAAUAAAAUAAAGAGGGAUGAAGGGCCACACUUCAAG